AUGGAGAAACGAUCGAGAUUGGAGCCCGGGUCCCAAAUCACCUUCAGAGUAGAAGAAGCCAAGUUCCCGAACCACGACGACGCACUGGUGGUCUCGGUCCGUAUUGCCAACGCACGAGUGAAGAGAGUAAUAGUUGACACCGGAAGCUCCGCCGACGUGCUAUACUUCGAAGUUUUCAAAAGGCUGGGUAUCACAAAAGGAGAUCUCACACCACUGGCAUCAUCACUCACGGGAUUCAUGGGGGAUUUCGUUUCUCCACUGGAGACUACCUUGCUCCCCAUUACCAUCGGGGAGGAACCAAGGACCGAGACGAUAAUGACCACCUUCAUAGUGGUCGAUUUGCCUUCUGCCUACAACGUCAUUCUCGACCGACCAACCCUCAACAAGCUGAAGGCAGUUAUCUCCACCUACCACCAUGCCUUGAAGUUUCUGACUUCCUCUAGGGUUGGAGUGGUCCGAAGCGACCCAAAAGAAUCCCGACAAUGCUAUCUGACGGCAGUUACUAUGCCGAAAAGGCCACGACCCAUCCAACCUCCCCUGGACCCCCGCAAUGACUUCAAAACACCACGACACUCGGAAUCGACGGAGCAAUUGGUCGAGGUCCUCCUGAGAAGAGGUCGACCCGACAAGGUUGUUAAAGUUGGGAUGACAUUGCCAGAAGCGGACCAAAUACAGCUUGUCAAUUUUUUGAAAGAAAAUGCUGACGUAUUUGUGUGGUACCCGGAGGACAUGCUUGGGGUCAACCCACAAGUCAUGCAGCACCACCUAAACAUCUGCCAUGAGGCACAUCCCAUAAAGCAAAGGCCGAGAAAAUUUGCUCCAGAUCGGCAAAAGGCGAUCGAUGACGAGGUGGACCGCCUCAUGGGCGCAAGGUUUAUAUCCGAGGUGAGAUAUCCUCGGUGGUUGUCAAAUAUAGUCUUAGUUAAGAAGCCGAAUGGAAGCUGGAGGAUGUGUGUCGACUAUACUGAUUUCAACCGAGCAUGCCCCAAAGAUUGCUAUCCACUCCCGAGGAUAGACCACCUUGUGGACGCCACUGUAGGACACGAACUCCUCACAUUCAUGGAUGCAUUCUUGGGCUACAACCAAAUUCAAAUGGCACCAUAA